CAAGGAAGUUGACCGCUGUCAGUUAACCAGUUACAUUUAUAAAAACUGGUGUUGAGUACUGCCUUUUCUCCAGAAAAUAGCCAUGAAGUUUCCUCUAUAACUGUCUGAGUGCCUCUCAUUGGAGAGAUGAUGCUUUGCCUCUGAUUGGAAACCUAAGGCUCUACCCCUGUCAGCUCUUACAUCCUGGUACUCUUCACUGACCUCAUCUGCGUGGACUACAUUACCCACCAGUCUGAUGGAUCUGCUACUGUGUGUUUGUACGUGAUGUUGUGCCGAGACUUUGAGUGUUCUGCUGGUCCUUGACUGGGAUGUCUGGAGGUCAGGAGAGGGACCAGUACGAGAUUCCGAAAUUUCGGAUAGGCUGUGAGGAGGAUGAGAACAGAAAGCUGGAAGACAGAGACAUGAGUUACACUUCGGAGCUGUACAAUGAGGAGGAGGAAGAGGAGGAAGAGGAUCAGUCCGCAGGCCGUCAGAUUGUGGUGGGGAUCUGUUCCAUGAUGAAGAAAUCCAAGUCCAAACCCAUGACUCAGAUCAUGGAGAGACUGUGUAAGUUUGAGUAUAUCACAGUGGUGAUCUUUCCUGAGGAAGUCAUCCUGAAUGAACCUGUGGAAAACUGGCCCAUCUGUGACUGCCUCAUCUCCUUCCACUCCAAAGGAUUUCCUCUGGACAAGGCAGUGAGUUAUGCUAACCUGAGAAAUCCCCUCCUCAUUAAUGACCUCAACAUGCAAUACUACAUACAGGACAGGAGAGAAGUGUACCGGAUCCUGCAGGAGGAAGGCAUUGACCUGCCUCGCUAUGCAGUGCUGAACCGCGACCCUGACCGACCGGAAGAGUGUAACCUGGUGGAAGGGGAGGACCAGGUGGAGGUGAAUGGGGAGGUGUUCUUGAAGCCCUUUGUGGAGAAGCCAGUCUCUGCUGAAGACCACAAUGUUUACAUUUACUACCCCACCUCUGCGGGUGGGGGCAGCCAGCGUCUCUUCAGGAAGAUCGGGAGCCGCAGCAGUGUGUAUUCUCCUGAAAGCACUGUGAGAAAGACAGGAUCCUACAUCUAUGAGGAGUUCAUGCCCACAGAUGGUACUGAUGUGAAGGUGUACACAGUUGGACCAGACUACGCUCAUGCAGAGGCCCGUAAGUCUCCUGCCCUGGACGGUAAAGUGGAGAGAGACAGUGAGGGCAAAGAGAUCCGAUACCCAGUGAUGCUCACCGCCAUGGAGAAACUGGUGGCUCGAAAAGUAUGCCUAGCUUUCAAGCAAACAGUGUGUGGUUUUGACCUGCUCAGGGCAAACGGACACUCUUAUGUGUGUGACGUGAAUGGGUUUAGUUUUGUGAAGAAUUCUAUGAAGUAUUAUGACGACUGUGCCAAAGUCUUGGGGAACAUGGUCAUGCGUGAAUUGGCCCCUCAGUUCCACAUCCCCUGGUCUAUUCCCAUGGAAGCCGAGGAUAUACCCAUCGUCCCCACUACAUCAGGAACCAUGAUGGAACUCCGCUGUGUCAUCGCCAUAAUUCGCCAUGGCGACCGCACACCUAAACAGAAGAUGAAGAUGGAAGUGAGGAAUGCCAUGUUUUUUGACCUGUUUGAAAAGUAUGGUGGUUACAAGUCUGGGAAGCUGAAGCUGAAAAAACCCAAGCAGUUGCAGGAAGUGCUGGACAUUGCUCGUCAACUCCUGGUGGAACUGGGACAGCACAAUGACUGUGAGAUUGAGGAGAAGAAGUCUAAAUUGGAACAGCUCAAAGCAGUAUUGGAAAUGGAAUCCAGCUUGAAUGAUAAUCAGUAUGGGCAUUUCUCAGGAAUCAACAGGAAGGUACAGCUGACUUACCUGCCCAAUGGCCAACCCAAAGCUUCUAGUGAAGAAGAAGACUCUCAGAAGGACGGCCCAUCCCUGUUGCUUGUCCUGAAGUGGGGUGGGGAGCUGACCCCUGCGGGCAGGGUCCAGGCGGAGGAGCUGGGCCGGGCCUUUCGCUGCAUGUACCCUGGAGGACAAGGAGAUUAUGCUGGUUUCCCAGGCUGUGGCCUGCUCCGUUUACACAGCACCUACCGCCAUGAUCUGAAGAUCUACGCCUCAGAUGAAGGUCGUGUUCAGAUGACUGCUGCAGCUUUUGCAAAGGGUUUGUUAGCACUGGAGGGCGAACUGACUCCUAUCCUAGUACAGAUGGUGAAGAGUGCUAACAUGAAUGGACUCCUGGACAGUGACAGUGACUCACUCACAGACUGCCAGCAACGAGUCAAAGCACGACUUCAUGAAAUCAUGCAGAAGGACCAGGACUUCGCUGAUGAGGACUAUGAGAAGCUUGCUCCAACAGACAGCCCGUCCUUGGUGAAUUCCAUGAAGGUCAUAGGAAACCCAGUCAAGACAUGUGACCAGGUGUAUGCACUCAUCCAGAGCCUAACCUGCCAGAUUCGCAAGAGACUGGAGGACCCCAAGUCUGCAGACCUGCAACUGUAUCACAGUGAGACUCUGGAACUCAUGCUACAGCGCUGGUCAAAGCUAGAGCGAGACUUUCGCAUGAAGAACGGUCGAUAUGACAUCAGCAAAAUCCCAGACAUCUAUGACUGCGUGAAGUAUGACACACAGCACAACAGUUCACUGGGCCUGGAGGACACGCUGGACCUCUUCCGACUGUCACGAGCGCUAGCUGACAUCAUCAUCCCGCAGGAGUAUGGAAUCAGCCAAAAUGAAAAGCUGCACAUUGCUAGUGCUUACUGCCUACCACUGGUCAAGAAGAUUCAGUUGGACCUACAACGGACACACGAAGAUGAGGCCGUGAACAAACUGCACCCACUGUGGUUUAGGUACUCGCGAGGAGUGAUGUCUCCGGGUCGGCAUGUCCGGACCCGGCUCUAUUUCACCAGUGAGAGCCAUGUGCACUCUCUGCUCAACAUCUUCCGCUACGGAGGAUUAUUGGAUGAGGAAAAGGAUGAGCAGUGGAAACGAGCCAUGGAUUACCUCAGCGCUGUCACUGAACUCAACUACAUGACCCAGAUUGUGAUUAUGCUGUAUGAAGAUAACAACAAGGACCCCUCAUCAGAAGAGCGUUUCCAUGUGGAGCUGCACUUCAGCCCAGGGGUGAAGGGAUGUGAUGAUGAGGAAAACGCACCUCUGGGCUUUGGCUUCCGCCCUGCCUCGUCUGAGAACCAGGAGAAGCAGACUGAUCCUGGGAGUCUGGAGGACCUGUCUCAGGAUGAGCCUGACCGAGCCACACUGUUUGAGCCAAUCAGCAUCCAGAGAAAAUCUCCGCUCAUCCGCAGCCGUAAAACAGGCUCAAUGGAGGUUCUGUCAGAGAGUGGUGGCUCCGCCUCCUCGCGUGGCACACCCUAUCGCCUCUUCCCGUCCUGCUCACGCCAAUCCCCAGAGGUCAAGCAGAGUGGAUUAGGCUCCCUUUGCACUGGCCUCUUCAGUGCAUCUGGUCUGGGGGCAUCCUCCAGUGCCCCCAACCUCAGAGACCUUGCACCGGCACCACGCAAAAAACUGUACUCCCCCCGAAGUCUGUCUUGUCGAGACGAGCUGCUCUCUAUGCCGGCAGUAAAGAGAUUUUCUGUGUCAUUUGCCAGGCAUCCGACUAAUGGGUUUGAAGGCUGCUCCAUGGUGCCAUCAAUAUAUCCUUUGGAAACGCUGCAUAAUUCACUGUCACUCAAGCAGGUGGAUGAGUUCCUGACUGCUGUGUGUGAAAGAGGGAGUGACACUCAUUCAAAGACUUUAAAAUGUCUGUCGGCCAUGUUUGAUUCCCAGACUCAGACGUCUAUGGACUGUGAUAGUCGUGAUGCUUCUGCUUCCUCCUCAGCGCUUCCUGUUCUGCACCCUAACCGCCCUCUCUGGUAUAACAGUGUUCCCUCCAGUACUGUAUCCAGUGCAGGACCCUCAUCCCCCUCAGUGGCUGAGCCACCAUCUCACUUCACCGUCUCUGAAUAGAUGAGAAGGUCAACCAUGGAACAGCAGAACCCAGAGGAUGGCCAGUAACAGGCAAAAAGACCAUAAAGUGACGAGCUUUGGUAUCCGCUACGAGCCUCUGACCCCAGAUAUU